AUGUGGUUAAAUAGAGAUGUUCUUACUAUAAAACGUUGCGUCCGCGGCAAUGGCUUUUUGUCGAGCCAUGCUGACGGCAGCAUUAUUCGCUAUUACAUUGCCGAAGAUGGUGGCGCGGAGCCAUCGGGACGCGUGUGUGUCCACGGAGUGCCCGCUUACGCCUUGGCGUGGCCGCAGUCGCACAUUCUGGCAGCAGGCUGCGACAAACGGCUAACCAUGUACGACCCGUACGGCAAACCGGUUAAAACCUUUGACUUCAGCCGGGACUCUCAAGAGAGGGAGAUCACUGUGGCCUGCUGUAGCCCGAGUGGCCAGAGCGUCGCCGUAGGCUCCUGGGACAAGGUGCGCAUCUUCGAUUGGACGCCACGAAGGAGUGUCUGGGAAGAAACUAACGUGCGUGACUUGCCCAAUUUCUAUACCGUCACGGCACUCUCCUGGAGACGAGACGGCUCGAAGCUGGUAAUCGGCGGAUUAUGCGGCGGCGUCGAGCAGUUUGAGACUAUUUUAAGACGCACAGUGGUUCGCGGUAGUCACGAGGUCGCCUACGUGGGUCCUAGCCAAGUGGUGAUUCGACCUCUGAGCGACUCCUCGCAGCGUCCCAUCGUCAUCAGAUCGCAGACGGGUCUGGAGAUCGAAGAUGUGCGCGUCCUAGGGCGCAGAGACAACAACGUAGUGGCUCGAACGGCACACACGUUGUUGAUCGGCGAUAUCGAGCUGGGUCUGAUCAGCGAGAUCCCGUGGGAAGACCGGUCCAGCGGCGAGAAGUUUUUCUUCGAGUAUCCAGUCGUAUGCCUGAUCUUUUGCUCCGGUGAGCUGACGAUCGUUGAGUACGGCCAGAACGAGGCACUUGGUUCCGUGCGAACGGAGGCGGUGAACCCGCACGUGGUCAGCGUGCGCGUGAACGAACGACCCUCGGCUGGUGGCGGCGAUAAUAAGAAACUGGCAUACCUACUGGAUCCAAGAACCGUUCGCGUGAUCGAUCUACUAUCCGGCGCGACCAUCAAUAUGAUCGUCCAUGACGCCCGCGUCGACUGGUUGGAACUGAGCGAGGCGGGUCAUCGACUGUUGUCACGUGACAAGCGAUGCCGCCUUUGGUUAAGCGAUGACGAAGGUGAAAGAGUCUUGUUAGUGACAGGGGUGUCCUUUGCAUCCUGGGUGACUGGUAGCGACGUUGUCGUCGCUCAGACAGGUCAAACUCUAGCCGUUUGGUACAACGUAGACGCGCCAGAAGCGGUUACGCUGACGCCGAUCAAGGGCGAUGUGAUUGAUAUUGUCCGAGAGAAUGGUCGAACGUCUGUGAUGGUGGAGGAGCACGGUACUAAGAUGGCAUAUCUAUUAGACGAAGGAUUGAUCGAAUUCGGCACCGCGUUACAUGACAAUGAUUUCGGCCGAGUUGUCCUGUUUCUGGAGAACAUGAACGACGGUCCGCAAGUAGAAACCAUGUGGGAGAACGUGGCCAGAAACGCGAUGAACGAGAGGAAGCUCACGAUAGCUGCCAGGUGCUACGCUGCGAUGGGCGACGUGGCUUGCGCGAGAUUUCUAAAGGAGACUGCCGAGAUUGGUGAAAAGUAUGCCGAAGAGACAGGCAACGAACCACUAGCCAAUCCGGACUGUUGGGCCCGGCUAGCUAUACUGAAUGGUGAUUUAAAAACCGCUGAGGCAAUUUAUUUGGAGCAGAAUGAGCUAGACAAGGCAUUGGAUAUGUAUCAACGCUAUUGGCGCUGGGAGGAUGCCCUAAACUUGGCCCAGAGUCGUAAUUGGAGUGGUUUAUCAGAAUUGCGAGACCGUCACUUGGCUUGGCUAUUGGACAGCGGUCAAGCGGCUCGCGCGGCCUCCAUCAUAGAGACUACGAAUCCCAGGAGAGCUGUCAAACUUUAUUUGGAAGCUCGUCGACCCGGACGAGCCGCCAGAUUGAUACUUGCCGACAACGAGUUGUUGGAGGACGAAAGAAUUGUCGAGGAGGUUAUUAGCGGCCUCAAGGCUUCCGACCUUACGGAACUCGCUGGAGAGCUACUGGAGAAGACUAGCGCCGGUUCUGAGGCGAUCAAAUGUUAUGCGCAGGCCGGUGUCUUUGCGAGAGCUCUCGACCUGGCACGCAAAAUCGAUCCCACUUUGGUGGUCGAAUUAGAAAGGGAUUGGGGAAAACAUCUGUCAGCCAGUGGUCACUAUGAUGCCGCUAUCAAUCACUUUAUCGAGGCAGGAGAGACGGUACUAGCACUGAAAGCCGCUAUUAAUGCGCGACAGUGGAGAAAGGCUUUACAAAUUAUUCAGGUAAUUGAGGAUGACGAUCAGGAGAUCCGUCAGCAAUGUGAAAAGCUGGGUGAAUACUUCUCGUCGAUUGGCGAACGGAGCUUGGCGGAAAGUCUUUUUAUUCGCGCCGAAAACGCCAAACGUGCUGUGGAGAUUUACGUUCAGUCUGGUGACUGGAUGCGUGCGCACCAAGUAGCCAAAGAAUACAUGAAAAGCAACGAGGCCAACGAGGUACUGGCAAAGCACGCCGAAAGUCUACAACAAACCGGCGAGCUUCGUCACGCCGAGUCUCUUUACGUCGCGAUCGGCGACCAUGACGCGGCAAUUGCUAUGUAUCGCAAAGCAGGAAACCGAGGCGACAUGAUCAGAUUGGUCGCACAGCACCGACCAGACCUACUUCAAACUACUCACAUGCAUCUGGCAAGAGAGCUAGAUGCAGUCGGCAAGCCAAGAGAAGCCGAAGAACACUUCCUAGGUGCUGGUGAUUGGCGUGGAGCGGUUACAGCUUAUAGAUCUGCGAACAUGUGGGAGGAUGCGCUGAGAGUUGCUAAAAAAGCUUCGGGAGAAAAAGCGGCACAGCAGGUUGCUUUAAUGUGGGCCCGAACAUUAGCCCCGGAAUUAGGCGCGAGACUUCUUAUGCGAUUGGGUUACUUAGAACCUUGCCUGCAAUUAGCAUGCGAAGCCAGCUUGUUUGACUGGGCUUUGGAAAUCGCCAAAUACGGCACAAUGGAUCAGAAGAAAGAGGUUCACUAUCGCUAUGCAAUGUCGUUAGAGGAUGAGGGUCGUUUCGCCGAGGCCGAGAAAGAAUUCGUACAGGCCGGCAAGACUAUGGAGGCGGUACAGAUGUACAUCCACAGCCGCGACUGGGAGUCCGCCGAGGACGUGGCACGAUCGCACAGCCAGGAAGCUGUGGCGCAGGUCUUGAUCGCUCGAGCCGCUGAGGCCGCCGAGGGCCAGGAUUACGCUACAGCAGAGGCUCUUCUCCUGAGGGCCCACAAGCCAGAAAUGAUAAUAGAACAUUAUAAGACAGCCGGAAUGUGGUCCGAGGCAUUGCGAGUGUGUCGAGAAUAUUUGCCCAGUCAGGAGGCGGCACUACGCAGAGAGUUAGGUCAAAGGAGUGCGGGACUGGACGGGGCAAAUGCAUUGGAGGAAGCUCGGAAGUGGCUUGAUCUCGGAGAAGUACGAUCUGCCCUGGACACCCUAAUCUUGAAUCCGCAGGCACCAAGAUCAUAUCUCAUUCGUGCAGCUGACAUUCUUUUGCAUCAGGCGGAUCCCGAAACGGCGGCGGAAAUCGGCGGUGACUUAGGUGCACGUUUAUUUUCCGUUGGUGAACAUGCGCUCGCCGCUCAGGUGUUUCUUCAAGCGGAUCGGUUGAAAGAUGCGGUGAGUUCGCUAGUGGCGGUUGGCGAGUGGGAUCGCGCACGACGAAUCGUCCGUGAGCUUGCUCCCGAUCUUGAGCCAUAUCUAGAAGAGAAAUAUCGAGACGCCAUGACAAACGAAGGUGAAAUGGAACGGCUGGCGGAAGUGGACGGUAACGCUGCCCUCGAGGUGAUGGCGCGCAAAGGUCAGUGGAGUCAAGUUUUCGACGCCGCGAGUUCGCAAAGUCUGGAGGUACUGCAGAGAUUUGUGGCACAGCGUGCCGCACAAUUGCUGAAGAACGAUGCCGCGCUGCAAGCAUUGCAACUUUACGCUCAGUACGGCGCACCCGCAAUCUCGCAGAACUUUAAUCUGUAUUUGCAAUUGGCAGAGAGCAUCCUGAAUGCAACGCAGCAGGAGUACAGAUAUCUAGCCCAACUCCGUGACGUUUUACACGGUCUCUACCGCUCAUCGUCUUCUCGUGAGAGAUUUGAACGUCUUCUGGAGGCCGCACAUCUUUCUGCGGUGAAGCACGGCUGCCGUCCGUUUCCGGCGCUUUCUGGCGUUGUGGUUAAGGCAUCGGUUAGUCUUCUGCGACACACUGACAUCCUUCACGCCGACAGAUACUACUAUGAAGCCGGUAUUGCAGCUCGUACCGCCGGUCUUCUGAGCGAAGCCUUCGUUUUUCUUAAUCAUUUUCUCGAUCUGGAAGAGUGUAUCGAAGAGGAAGGCGACGGCAAUGUCUUAGAUGUGGACGAUCUACGUGUCACCGACUUUCCGCUGGAAGUUCCACUUCCAGAAAAACUUGGCGUCGCGACGGAUCAACGUGAGGAGGCAAGAGAAUGGGUGCUGGCUGUGUCUAUGGACCAAAAGAUCGAACAAGGUCUACCGGUCGACCAAAGAGGCGUAUAUGUAGGUUCUCUGACGUCGCCGACAAACUCUAGCGCGCCUGUUCAGCAAUGCGUGAUUACGGGAUAUCCAGUGCGAGGCCCAGUUGUCAGAUUUGAGGAAACCAACCGCGUAGCUGAUCGCAACGACUGGACCAAGUUGAUCAAUACGGCCCGACAGGCACCCCCGGAUUCGCCGCUAAAUGACAUUUUAGUAUUUCUUCAAGAUUGGUGCGGCACGGCACCUAAGUACUCGUUUUAAACGAAAAAUAUAAUAAUAAGUGUAUGUAUUGUACUGAUAUGCGCCUACACUCUUAAUUAGCGGUAUGUAAUAACGUUAUUGACAAAAUAUACCUCGUUUCAUUUAGUCAAGACCAGAAUUAUCUUCAGAAAGAGGUUUAUAUCGCUUCAUUGAAAUUUAAUUAUUUCUACAUUUAUUUAUCACUUUUUACUUGAUUAUAAAUGACUUCGAAAAGAAAAAUAUUCUACUGAAACAGUGUCAAUUUAUCUGCCACUAAUCUUUCUUUCAGGCAGAUAUAAAGCGCUCGUCCUGCAGGGUGGUUCAUGAAGGGAUUUCAGAGGAUGGGCAACCGCAGAUGAUAAUUAACCGCUUGGCAAAUAUGCUCGGCUUUGGCGCAUUCCAUAAGCCAAAAAGCUGUUUGUGGAAUUUGGCGGUCCAAAGUAACGCAAAUACACGCACACGUGCGCGCUUAUACACACGCGCGCGCGCGUCAUAUUGAUUCGAAAUCGUAAACGGGCUUAAUAUACGCUGCAGGAGACGCGCGUUGCCUUGCCAUAUUGCUUGAUGUUUAAUGUCCGGCAGCGACAGUCGCAGCAAGAGCACAUUAUUUGCAUUACCUACGUUAUUUAAAAUAAUUUUUGUUUUAUUAAUAAAAAAAUUACAAGAAAAAAAUGUUAAGCAAAUUAACAUGA